CUGCGGCGGCGGCGGCGGCUUAGGCGGCGGCGCGAGGGCGGCGGCGCGAGGGCGGCUGGGCUGGGCGCGGCCCUGGAGCCCCCAGGCCAUCCGGGCUCCGGAAGACGGCGGUUUCCUGAACAGGGACAAAGUGGCCCCUGAGCCCCUGUCCCUUCAGCACCCAAUAACCAGAGCCUUCUGGAAGGAAGAUGGCUCCAGGCCUCUGGAGAGGCCUGAUUCCUACCCUACCAUGGGGCCUGUGUCUCUUUUUGAGCUUCCCUGUCCCUGUGUGGCUCCAGUCACAGCCCUGUCACACCUGCCGGGAUCUGGUCAACAGCUUUAGCAAGGGCCUGGAACGUACAGUUCGGGACAACUUUGGAGGAGGGAACACUGCCUGGGAGGAGGAGAAGCUGUCUAAGUAUAAGGACAGUGAGACUCGGCUGGUGGAGGUGCUGGAGGCUGUGUGCAGCAAAUCUGACUUUGAGUGUCACCAACUUCUGGAGCAGAGUGAGGAGCUGGUGGAGACGUGGUGGUUCCACAAGCAGCAUCAGGCCCCAGAUCUCUUCCAGUGGCUUUGCAUGGACUCCCUAAAGGUUUGCUGCCCUCCUGGAACCUAUGGGCCCUCCUGCCUGGCCUGUCCCGGGGGUACAGAGAAGCCAUGCAGUGGUAAUGGGCACUGUGACGGGGAGGGCACCCGACAGGGCAGUGGGCGCUGUGACUGCCAGCCCAGCUAUGGGGGCCCCACCUGUGCCCAGUGUGGGGACGGUUACUAUGAAGCCACUCGCAACUCCAGCCACCUGGUAUGUGAGGCUUGCUUUGGCCCCUGUUCCCGUUGUUCCGGCCCCAAGGAGGGUAACUGCCUACGCUGCAAACGGGGUUGGGCCCUGCACCAGCAGAAGUGUGUGGAUAUCGAUGAGUGUGGGACAGAGAUGGCCACCUGCAGAGCCAACCAGUUCUGCGUGAACACGGAUGGGUCCUAUGAGUGCCGAGAUUGUGCCAAAGCCUGUGCUGGCUGUAUGGGGGCAGGGCCUGCCCGAUGCAAGAGGUGCAGUGUGGGCUACCGAAGAGAUGGAGCCAAAUGCUUGGAUGUGGAUGAGUGUGAGGGUGAAGUAGAGGUGUGCACAGGUGCUCACGAGCUCUGUGAGAACACAGACGGAAGCUACCGAUGUGCCUGUGUGGAGGGCUAUGAGAGAAGCCAGGAGGGCUGUGUGCCUCGGCAGCCUGAAGAGCCUAAGCCUGGUGGCUUCUUCUCAGAGGUGACAGACGACGAGGUGGUGGUCUUGCAGCAGAUGUUUUUUGGGGUCAUCAUCUGUGCCCUGGCCACGCUGGCAGCCAAAGGUGACAUGGUCUUCACUGCCAUCUUCAUUGGGGCUGUGGCUGCCAUGGCUGGAUACUGGCUGUCUGAGCGUAGUGACCGGGUGCUGGACGGCUUCAUCAAAGGCAGAUAGAGAUUUGCUACAAGUGGGGGGGCCCCCCCUCCCUCUCUGCAGUACAGGGCCAAGGGUGGUUGGCUCAGGUCCAGCCCCAGGGGCUGACAUGAGGAAAGCCUGGAAACUGAUGGUGGGGAGAGACUGGAUCCAGUUUGGGCAAGUUAAGGUUUGUGCCAAGGAGGGAAAAAGUCAGAGUUGAGGUGAAGUAGGUCAGCAAACCUUAACUCUAACCCAAGCCCCACUGAAUCAGGACUGCUGGCUUCCAGGUGCCACACUAGUCCUCUGCUAAGCUCAGUGCCUCUCUGUCCCUUGGCUCCCAUCUUUAUAGAUGUGGGCCAGCUAGGCAGAGCUGGAGACAGGGCAGAUGUCUCCCUCCUAGCCAGAGGCUAGGGCUCCGGUUAUUUUGUUUUCGUGUGUGAGGUCUGAGCCAGGGUUCCACCCUUUCCUCUAUCAGAUGCACUUCCUGGGGCCCUCCCCUCCCCUUUGCACUGGGGCUUCAAGCCCUCCAGUGACGCUAAGGCCUGCCUGUCUUAGAAGCUGGCAGUGGAAGGGUUUUGAAAAAAUGCCCCUGGAGGCAGAGCCCAAAACUUUAAGGGGAAUGGGGGAGGGGGGUGGGAGUGAGAUAACUGAAGGGGAGAACAAUCCUAGUUAAGUGAUUUUUAAGAAUCAUUUCCCCGUUUUGGUAGUGCCUAUGACCUUGG